CUUAGGUUCAGAAUUUAACAUUACGCAGCCAGAAGCUGGGUGUCUUAUCUAGCUCACAGAAUGGCCCACCAAAAAGCACUGGUCAAAACCCAGUCCUUGACAAUUGCCAUAAUAAAACAACAGUGACCAGUUCUAAAAUCAGCCAACGAGACCUUCUCCAGAGAGCAAGAAGGGAGGAAGCCCAGGUCUGGAAUCUCGGAGCACAGCGUCACACGGACAUCAAGCAUUCACCAGUUAAUAGCACCAGCUUCAUAUUCUCCAAUUCAGCCUCAUUCUUUAAUCAAACAUCAACAGAUUCCUCUUCAUUCACCACCUUCUAAAGUUUCCCAUCAUCAGCUGAUAUUACAACAGCAACAACAGCAAAUUCAGCCAAUCACCCUUCAGAGUCCAAGUCAAGAGCCUCCCCCAUCCCAGCACUGUAUCCCACUCCCAAACCAUGGCCUUUCUCCGGCUCCCAGUAAUGCCCAGUCACAGCAUUGCUCCCCAAUUCAGAGCCAUCCCCCACCUUUAACUGUGUCUCCUAAUCAGGCACAGUCUGCACAGCAGUCUGUAGUGGUGUCUCCUCCCCCACCUCAUUCCCCAAGUCAGUCUCCUACUAUAAUUAUCCAUCCACAAGCACUUAUCCAGCCACACCCUCUUGUGUCUUCAGCUCUUCAAACAGGGCCAAAUUUGCAGCAGGCUACUGCUGAUCAGGUACAGUCCACAGCACAGCUGAAUCUUCCAUCCCAUCUUCCACUUCCAGCAUCCCCUGUUGUACACAUUGGCCCUGUCCAGCAGUCUGCCUUGGUGUCCCCUGGUCAGCAGAUAGUGUCCCCAACAUCACACCAGCAAUAUUCAACCCUACAGUCAUCUCCAAUCCCGAUCGCAACCCCUCCACAGAUGUCGGCAUCUCCUCCAGCUCAGAUCCCACCACUGCCCUUGCAGUCUAUGCAGUCUUUACAAGUGCAGCCUGAAAUUCUAUCCCAGGGCCAGGUUUUGGUGCAGAAUGCUUUGGUGUCAGAAGAGGAGCUACCUGCUGCAGAAGCUUUGGUCCAGUUGCCAUUUCAGACUCUUCCUCCUCCACAGACUGUUGCGGUAAAUCUCCAAGUGCAGCCGCCGGCACCUGUUGAUCCACCAGUGGUUUAUCAAGUAGAAGACGUGUGUGAGGAGGAAAUGCCAGAGGAGUCCGAUGAGUGUGCAAGGAUGGACCGGACCCCCCCACCCCCCACCUUGUCUCCAGCAGCGAUCACUGUGGGGAGAGGAGAGGACCUGACAGCUGAACACCCAUUGUUAGAGCAAGUGGAGUUGCCUGCUGUGGCUUCAGUCAGUGCUUCGGUGAUCAAGUCUCCGUCAGACCCCACCCAUGUCUCUGCUCCUGCACCUCCACUCUUAAUGCCUGCAGCCUCGGCCCGGAGCAGCAGCCCCUCUCUGGCCAGCAGCACUCCCAGCCUGGAAAACAAGCCUCCACAGGCUAUUGUCAAACCGCAGAUUCUGACCCAUGUUAUAGAAGGUUUUGUGAUUCAGGAGGGACUGGAGCCGUUUCCUGUGAGUCGUUCAUCAUUGCUGAUAGAACAACCUGUGAAAAAAAGGCCUCUUUUGGAUAAUCAGGUGGUAAACUCUGUGUGUGUUCAGCCAGAGUUAGAGAAUAACACAAAGCAUGCAGAUAACUCAUCUGACACAGAGAUGGAAGACAUGAUUGCUGAAGAGACAUUGGAAGAAAUGGAUAGCGAGUUACUCAAGUGUGAAUUCUGUGGAAAAAUGGGAUAUCCUAAUGAAUUUUACGGUCCAAACGAUUCUGUACAAUGUCUUGUGCCAAAAGGUGCUGGGAUCAUAGCCAGGUACCAGCAUGACUAG